CAAUCCUACUUUUUUGUUUCAGAAUUCCAGAGGCGCUGCUUCUCUGUUGAAGGAUAGUAUUCCGAUUACUGAAUUUUCAGCUUCAGGACCAUUUGAAGGUCAAGAUCUUCUGCGUAGAGGCUUUACAAGUGUGAAAAAUGAAUUGUUGCCCAGCCACCCACUGGAGCUGUCAGAAAAAAAUUUCCAGUUAAAUCAAGAUAAAACAAACUUUGCCACGCUGAGAAAUAUUCAAGGACUCCAUGCGCCUUUAAAGCUGCAGAUGGAAUUCAGAGCAGUGAAACAGGUCCAGCGUCUCCCAUUUCUUCACAGCUCAAACAUGGCGCUGGAUACUCUGAGGGGAAAUGAUGAAUGCAUCGGUUUUGAGGAUAUCCUUAAUGAUCCUUCACAGAGUGAGGUUAUGGGAGAACCACAUAUAAUGAUGGAAUACAAGCUUGGUUUAUUGUAACAAAAUGUACUCCACAAAUGUUUUGUGUGUGUCUUUAUACUGCAGAUCUAAAUACAUGAUACUAAAUUGACACUCACAGUGUUAAGCAGUCCUACAGUUAUCAUUUGCCUUCCUUGAUGAAAAGGCACAUUAAAUGUUUAAAGUCUAUAAAUUGUUCUGUGCUUGUUGUCAAUUAUAUAAAUAUCUUGUAAUUAGGUAGUUUAAAUAAUUUCUCUUCAUACACUGCUCAGGACAAUAGCAUCUUAACUAUGGAAAUGCUGUAUAUGUAUACAAGAAAUCAAAAAAUACCCUUGCAUUUUAAAGCUGAUUACUGUAGGUAAAUGCAUCAGUGGAUGUUCUUGCAGAAGAACUUUUUAAGGGGAAAAAGAAGGUAUUUUCCAUUGAGUAACUCUUUGUUCAUGACAAUUUCCAUACACUUUUUAAACUAUUGAAUAAAAGUUUGCUAUAAA